AUGAGCUCCAACAUUUACAACGCCACCUCAAACCUCCCUUCCCGCUUCAUGACAUUCUAUCCAUCAGAUACCUCAUCCCCCGCUCUAGGACGUCAGAACGAACGUCAGCCGUCGGGAACCCCGUUCAUGGCUCCCCAGUCCCCCUGGGAAUCUGCCUAUGGACUCACUGAAGACGAGGGAUACGCAUCCGCAAGUCUGUCGCCUGCCCCUGAGGAGCAAAUUGGAAGCGUAGUGCAUUAUGUCCCGGAAACGAAUCAGCAGCUCCAGAACGAUGUCAAAAAAACGGAAGCCCGCAACGAGGAAGACCAUCACUCUGUUGGCGCAGCGGAUGCAAGCGGGGAGGAGCCGUCGCUCGAUGGGCCGUGCGACUGGAGUGAAGAGGAGUUUUCAACUCUCGUCAAUCUCCUAGCCGAAACUGCAGGCAUCAUGUUCCCCGAACAAAGUCUUGCGAUGCCAUUGAUCCCCGACAUUCCCGUGCCAAGCAGCGCGGAGUUUCUGCCGAGCUAUAACCUCCCUGCUGGCUUUCCGUCCACAUCUGUCACCAGUCCAGGGGCGGGGACAUCUAAUAUUCCUCAAGACGCGUUUACAAUUUCCGCAGACCAAGACCUCACGCAUCAACAGUCUUCCAAGAAGCGUUCGCGAUCCGAGGAUACUUAUGAAGCUCCACUUCACCCUCCUCUCAAGAAGACAAGGGCCGCCGCGUACGUAGGAGAGGUCUUGGCUCAGCAGACACCGGUUAAUUGGAGCGAUGCCACGCUGGUUAUGGUCCCAUAUUAUGUUCAAUAUCCCAUCGCCGGCCCAUCGAACUUCAUGCCAUGGCCGCAAAGCGUGAUGGCAGAAGACGCCGACAACCGCGAGGCCCUGGAGCAGAGUCUGGAAUACCAGGACAUCCAACCAGAGACGAACGGCGGCCAGGCCCCAGACCCAUUUCCCAACACCCCGCAGGUCACGAAGCGUUUCCGUCGGACAAAUGCUGAGAUUGCCCCUACUCUUAUCCCCGGGAUCAAGAAAAAGGCAUGUGGCUUCCCCGGCUGCCAGAAGACGCUGCACCCCAAGUCCGGCGAAAACAACCGGAAUCACUUCAAGGGCGUUCACUACACGGUGGAUACUCUGAAUAGCGAAGACCUGCUGGUCUGCCGCUGGGCCGCAUGCGGGAAGUCGAUAAAGGGGAAAACGAUGAUGGCCCAUAUCGAGGCAAACCACAUCGGUUUUGGGUACAGGUGCUUGGUUCCGGACUGUCGCCUCGAUUGGAAGGGGUGCCGCGCGAAGGACCACUCGCAACACAUGAAAGAGGAACACGCUGGCUGGCGAGGGUGA